CACUGCUGCCCUGGUGGGGACCCGCGUGAAUGUAUCUCAGUCCAUGUCGGCCAGGCCGGCGUCCAGAUGGGCAACACCUGCUGGGAGCUGUACUGCCUGGAGCACGGCAUCCAGCCCGAUGGGCAGAUGCCCAGUGAGAAGACCAUCGGGGGAGGGGACGACUCCUUUACCACCUUCUUCUGUGAGACAGGUGCCGGGAAGCACGUCCCCAGGGCGAUCUUCGUGGACCUGGAACCCACCGUGAUCGAUGAGAUUCGGACCGGCAUCUACCGCCAGCUCUUCCAUCCAGAGCAGCUCAUCACCGGCAAGGAAGAUGCUGCCAAUAACUAUGCCCGUGGGCACUACACCAUCGGCAAGGAGAUCAUUGACCAAGUGUUGGACAGGAUCCGGAAGCUGGUAUGCAGCCUGUCCAAUGGGAUAUUUGGG